AUGAUAUGGUGGUUUUUAAUUUCAAUAAAUUUUUUGUUUUUUCUUAUAAAAAGCUUUUUCACCCCCAAAGAUACGAACUACAUGAAUGACAUUCAUAACAACCAAACCAGUACAUCGACAGAAAAAUACAUUCUUGGUGAAAACUACAAUCUGACGAGUCUAAAGCUAAAAAUCGAUUUCGGGUCAUUAGACACAGGAACGAAGAUAAUUGAAUACAGCAAAGGAAUAAUUAACAUUCGGUCCAUACAACAAUACGACUAUGAUAGCUACAUGUUGACUCCGUGCAAUUCUGAUAUAUGGUGGAUAUAUUCAUUUAGCGACAUUAUACAUAUUGAGAAAAUUGGAUUAGUUUCAUUAGAACAUUAUGCAUCUAAUUUUAAAGUUAUCGAAAUUUUAGGCAGUGAUGUAUACCCGACAAAAAAAUGGAAAAAAUUAGGGAAAAUUGCAACAAAUUUUACAAAAAGUUUUGAAUUAUUUAACAUUUAUGAAUAUUGUAAAAAUUAUGAAGAAGAUAAUUGUUGGGUCAAGUAUAUGAAAGUUGUUGUUUUGUCGCAUCACAAUUUAGAGAAUAAUUAUUAUUGUACUUUGACACAUCUGCAAAUUUUUGCUUCCUCUGGUGUUGAUAUGCUUAGUGAUAAAAUAUAUUCAGAUGAUAAUACUACUCAGGUUGAAAAAAAAUUUCAUGAUAAUUAUGUACACGAAAAAAAGGAACAAAUUGGAGAUCAUCAGGUAAUAGAAAAUUUGGAGGUCCUUUUUGAAGACAAUGAGCGUAAGCAGGCUGUAUAUCCAGCUGCUGCCACAAGCGAUGGGGGAGAAGAGAAAAAACAUAGAGAAAAUAAGAACAAAGAAAAUAAACCCGAUUCUCUAGAACCCGACAGUGCAGAAACACACACAAGUGAACAUAAUUCCACGAAACCUCAUCCAAAGGGGCAUCAUUUCACACCUUUUGAAAACGCAUUCCUAGAUGCAGAAACAAUCGAAGAAGAAUUAAUAGACACAGAACUAAUGGAUUCAAAACUGAUGGACACAGAGUUAAUAAAAAAGGAAUUGAUGGAUACUGAACUUAUCGAAAAAGAGUUAAUGAACACGGAACUUACUGAAAAAUAUUCCAAAACGAAUCAUUUUAACGAACAUGUACUCGAUCGUUUAACAGAACAAAUAGGCAAUGUGUUUGAAGACAAAAAUAGAGAAAAUGAAAGGAACAUAAUCAAGGAUAAAGCUGAUGUAGAUGUUGAUGCUUCUUCUUCUUCUUCUGCUGCUGCUGCUGAUGAUGAUGAAAUUAACAAAAGUCAGCAAAGAGAUGAAGAGAAAAAUAAAACUGACGCCAGCUCAACCGUAAGCACAAAACAAAAUAUGUUAAAUCAAAAAUAUCACAACAAACAAGGAACAUCAAACGCAGUAGUUAUUUUGAACAAGGCAAUGAAAAACAAAUAUGUUAUUCUUCAAAAUUUUAACAAGCUAAAAAUAUCGAAACUUUUAAAGUAUUAUCCAUUCAUAACGUAUAAAAAUGUGAUUAAAAAAUAUAUUCCAUAUAUUGAAUACUUCAUGAGGGAUAGAAACACUAUCACUUAUCAUAAUUACAACUCAGAUGAUGUUUUAAAAACGGAUCAUUUGCUUUACAGUGCAAAGGAUUCACUCUUUGGUAGUAAAAAGAGGGGGAAUUAUAUGACAACUCGAUCGAGUAUUCUUUCCCCAGUUCACCUUCUCUUAAAAAAGGUGUUUGUAAAUUCUUACAGAGGUAUUAUGCAUAUGCAGACACAGGAAUAUAAUAUACCUAAUGGUUUGUUUAGGAACUAUAAUGAUAAGAAAACAUUUCCAGAUAGUUCAAGUGCUAUUCGUUAUCGAAGGAAACCACCCAAAUAUCAUUGUUACAAUUAUGAUUCUAUAAAAAAUUUGCAAGAUAAUUUACUGAAGAAUAAACAUAUGCAUCCGUUUCUUAAUACAUGUAAAUAUCGCUCAUGGUGCAAACAUGAUAUGAUAUGUUUAUAUAAACAAGCAAGGGAAAUUAAUAAGGUAAUUACAUUUAGAAAUAAUUUAAUCAAAUCAACGAUCAGAAAAUAUCUUGUAUUCAUGUCAAGUAAAACACACCCCUCAAGACGUAGCAGAUACAACAAAUUGAAGGAAAUAAAAAUUAAAAUCCAUCCAAAAAAAUGGAAUAUUUUUAGAAACAUAUUUUUAUUAACAAAAUUUAGUAAAAUGAAAUAUAAUAAAAAAUUCCAUUAUAUGUAUUCAUCGGUUUUUCGAUCACCACUUUGUGAUACCUCGGGAUAUUUCACGCAUAAGGAUUUGGAUACUCUAUCCUCCUACAUUUUGGAAAAAUUUAAUGAACCAUAUAAACUUAAAGAUUUACAAAAUUUACCUUUUGAUAAACAUUCGCAUGAUGGUUACACAAUAAUGUAUCUAUUUCAUGAACUAAAAAAACGUCACAUAAUAUAUGAUUUGGAAUUUGUAAAAUAUUGCUUUGAUUAUGUGAUGAACUGGAAAAAUACAUUUUAUUUACCACAUCAAAUAUAUCUUAUGAAAAAUAAAACGCUACUUAGCCUUCACAAUCAUAACAAAUGCUAUGAUAUCCUACAAAAUUUACACAUUUUGAAGAAGAAAAAAAAAUUAUCACUAGAAAACGAAUUACAUUAUUACGUUUUUUUCAAAUUUUAUAAAAGCAGAACAUGCAAAAGGGUUGACAGAUUCUCCAAAAGAGACCUCUCUUAUUAUUUAUACACGGAUGAGGAAGAUACAGAUAAGGGAGUUAUUUAUGGGAGUAGGGAAUUCAAGCAAAAUGAAAAACAAUUCUGGGAAGAUGAAUACAUGUCCGAUGCAGUAACCCAGCCAAAGGAUCAACUGAAUUAUGCAUCUACAAAAAAUAAACAAAUAAGUGUUGAAUCUCUCCUCCUUAAGUAUGAUCCCCCCUCAGUAAUUAACAUCUUUACAAUGUAUGCACACAUGUUAAGAGGAUCUAAAAAUCUAUCUUCUCGACACUGCAUAUUUUUUAUAAUUUAUAGUCCAAAUCAUAGGAAACUGCUUACAAAAUUAAUAGAAAACAUUUUUAACAUCCUAUUAAUCCAAAAAAAUGAAAACGAAAUAGCGAAUAUGAAUAUAAAUUAUAUAAGAAAUGUCAUCUCAGAGCAGUUAACAAAUAAUUUUCUUUUUUUUAAAAAAUUUACCACAUCAAAAAGUAAGCUUCUUCAUACAAAAUCUGCACAUAUAAGAAUAAGCGUCUUUAUGGACCUUUUUCAUAGGGUGAAAAAUCAGGGGAAAUUAUUGCACUCCAAAAAGGUAGUAGGAAAAAAUAUACAAGAAAAUGAAGAAACAUAUUUUCAAUCCAUAAAUAAGACAUGCUAUGGAUCUGUAACGGCCUUUUUUAUGGGUCUAAUUACGAAUCGUAUAUCCAUUUGGAGAGAUAUUUAUCUUAAAAAAAAAAACGACAUUACCAGAAAUGAGAACAAGCUGAAAGUGGGGGGGAAAAUUCAACAUCCAGAAGCAGAUCAACACAAUCAAAUUCGUCAUCGAUACAGAGAAGCAAAUCAAAGUGCACAAUUGGAGCGAAAUGCACAACCAAAUCGUGUGUCUAAGGAUGACGUGUGCCUAACCUUGGGGGAAAUGGAAAGCAUUAUAUACUCAGACGAGUACCUGAAAAAAUAUGUGGACGAAGCAAACAUGCACAAAGAGACACAAAAGAAGAAAAAAAUAAAAAACCUUGUGAAUGUAGAACAUAGAGAACAACCAAAUGAUAAAAGCAUAAAAAUUUUAAAUGAAAUAAAAGAGACAGAAGAAAAUAAUAAUAAACUUAUAAAUGAAGUGUAUGAUAUUAUAAAUGAAUACCAUGAUAAUGAUGAAUCCAAAACGUACUCUGUCGUAUUAAAAUCAGGAAAACAAAUACCAUUAAUUAUUAAGAAACCAGGGAAUAAAAUAAAAGAAAAAAUUAUAAAUGAUGAAGGGAAAAAAAAAAACAAUAAAGAAAAUAAAUUACAAUAUCUCGAAGAAUUUGAUCAUGUCCUAAAUGAUCAUAUACAUUACAAUAAUUAUGAACAGAAUUGUAUAAGAGAAGAAAAAAUUGAAGAAAGAUCGAAAAAUACUAGAGGACAUGCCUUAUUAACAUUAGUAGACAAAGUAAAAACAAUUGAAAAUAAAAAUAAUUAUGUAAUUUCUAAAUUAAAAGAUGUUAUAAAAAUUACAAAUAAUAAAACAAAAAUUAUAUAUUAUUUGUUGUCAAAUUUAAAAAUUUUACAAAAUACAAUUAAUCUUUUAUUAAAAUAUAUCAUGAUAAAUGAAAAAAAUAUGAAAAAUCUAAAUAAAAAUAGAAACAAAACAGAGUCAUUAUUUAAAAUAAUGAAAGAGAUCUGUAUCUUAACAAUUAAUGAAAAGAAUCAACAACUUGAUUCACUCCAGUUUAUAUGUAAAUAUUUACAAGAUAUACUCUAUGAUGAGAUAGAAAAAAUAUACCUAUUCGAAAAAUCCACAGGUGGAGGAAGAAGAAGAAGAAGGAGAGCGACGACUCCAAACAGUAGUAGUAAUUCCAGUUCUAUGGGAGAGAAAUUCCCUUUAUGUGGUGAAGAGGAAGAAAAUAUGUUGUUGCAUAAUAAAAAUUCAUUUCAUGAUAAAAAUGCCAAAUUCUUAUUUAAAGAAAAAAAAAGAACUAUAUUCAACUUUUUAUAUUAUGAAAAUCAUUGUCAUAACGACAUAUUCAAAACACCCAUCAUUUAUUAUAAAUCUUCAGUAGACAAAAUUCAAACAUUUUAUAAUAAAGUUUACAAUUUUUUCACAAGUUUAUCUUUUUUAAAUUAUAUCCUAUACAAAAUUAAAUACCUCAAGAAAAUUUUUAUAAAUUAUCUUAAUUGGAGCCACAUUCGUGACACUAGUACACAAUAUGAUGGAUCACUCUUUGGUGGUACAUAUAAUACUCCACAGAAUAGCGGAAAUUUGUGGGCCGUUCUUUUAGUCCUUCUUUUUAUCAUAUUCCUUAUAAACAAUUUUUUCUGUUUUCUUAUGUACAAGCAUUUAUCGAAUAAGUUAAACAGGUAUAUUCAGGGUUGUAGCUGUGUCACAUAA